AAUCAGAUUCGAGGAGGGUAGCUUUUUGAAAACGUUGGCGGCGGAGGAAGUUCAGAACAGCAACACUGGACUUUCUUUAUUAAACUACUUCUACCAUUCUCCUCCACCAUGCAGAAUAAGGAAAAUAAUGAGCCCAGGGGUUUCCAACGACAGUUCACGACCCCCAGCAUGCUGUCAGGCCCUCAGCGUCUCCAGGUGAAGCCUCGAACAGAGAAGGACAAAACUGCAAUCACAGGCCCUGGGAGAGAAUGUGUUGCCUCGUCCUCAAAGAAAGUCACCAUAGCUGACUUUGACAUUGGUCGGCCGCUGGGGAAGGGCAAGUUUGGGAACGUGUACCUGGCGAGGGUGAAGAAGCUGCAGGCCAUCGUGGCGCUGAAGGUUCUCUUCAAGUCCCAGAUGGAGAAGGAAGGAGUGGAGCACCAACUCAGGAGGGAGAUUGAGAUUCAGGCACAUCUCAAGCAUCCCAACAUUUUGCGCUUCUACAAUUACUUCCAUGACCGUAAAAGGGUCUUCCUGGUCCUUGAGUACGCCCCACGAGGUGAGAUGUACAAGGAGCUGCAGCGAUGUGGAAGAUUUGAUGACCAACGCACUGCCACAUACAUGGAGGAGAUAUCAGAUGCGCUGCUGUAUUGCCACGAGAAAAAAGUGAUUCAUCGUGACAUCAAGCCAGAGAAUCUGCUUCUCGGCUAUCGUGGAGAGCUGAAGAUCGCAGACUUUGGUUGGUCUGUCCAUGCACCUUCUCUAAGACGUCGCACCAUGUGCGGGACUCUGGACUACCUGCCUCCAGAGAUGAUCGAGGGCCACACCCACAGCGAGAAGGUGGACCUGUGGUGCAUCGGAGUCCUCUGCUACGAAUGCUUGGUCGGCAAUCCACCUUUUGAAACCGCCAGCCAUUCAGAAACAUACAAAAGAAUUAUGAAGGUGGAUCUGAAGUUCCCUAAAAUCGUCUCAGAAGGUGCACAGGAUCUGAUCAGCAAGCUGCUGCGCCACAACCCCAUCGACCGUCUGUCCCUGCAGAGCGUUAUUGAUCACCCGUGGGUUCGCAGCAACUCCCGCCGGGUCCUUCCUCCCAUCUGCCCCGGCACCAAGUCCUGAGCCCCCCGGCCGUCCCACUAAUGUUUUAAUCUCCUUCAGAGACUCAGCCAGCAGGAUUGGGUUUUACUGCCAUGGGCUCCAAACUGCCAUUAUAUACUUUACUUUUUAUAUUGUACAGUGUGACGUCAUUAUCUAUGUUUAGUAUUUUUCCUGGAGGUGUUUUGUGUUUUUAUUAUUUCUUCUCUGAAACUGUUUAAAUGGACACAGCUCUAUUUCUGUAUCUGACGGUGUUGACACCAAAGUACUACUGUUAGGCUGAUUGAAAGCUGACUUUAUUCUUAAAUAGUUUAAGAUGGGUUGUUUGAGGGUUGGAUUGGAAAGCAUGUUUUAUUUUAUCCUCAAUUUAUGCUUUUAAAUUCCUAAUAAAUAUUAUAAAAAUA